AAUGUGUAGACCUCACCUGACGAAUCUCAGAGGUUGUCGAAGAUACAGCAAAAUAUAAAUGAUUGGCUUUUUAAUCACUCGAUAUGGCCGAAUGUGAGAGAGAGGCCCGAAAGUUGCACAAUAACAGAAACGAAAGUGAAACCGUUUCCUCUGAAUCAGAUCACUUUCUGUUCUGACAGAGCAACCAAGCACCAAACUCCACUGAAAGAAAAUGGCUCAGGCUGAUAUUGACGAGGGGUUAUAUUCUCGACAGCUGUACGUGAUUGACCAUGAUGCAAUGCGUCGGAUGGGAAAGGCUGAUGUCCUCAUUGCUGGAAUGCGAGGUCUUGGUGUGGAGAUUGCCAAGAAUGUGAUCCUGGCCGGAGUUCGGUCGGUCACCAUUCAGGAUGAGGGUUUGGUGGAGUGGAGAGAUCUGUCAUCUCAGUUUUACCUGAAGGAAGCUGAUCUGGGUCAGAACAGGGCUUUGUGCUCUGAGAAGCAGCUCUCUAGUCUGAAUGUCUAUGUUCAAGUGUCUGCCUGCACUAACAAACUCGAUGAGGAUGUCCUCAGCAAGUUUCAGGUGGUGGUGCUCACAAAUUCACCUUUAGAAGAGCAGCUACGUCUGGGAGCGUUUUGUCAUUCAAACAAUAUAAAGUUUAUUGUGGCUGACACCAGAGGGCUUUGUGGGCAGCUGUUCUGUGACUUUGGCGAAUCAUUUGAGGUCAGAGACACGAAUGGAGAGACUCCAGUAUCAGCCAUGAUUGCUCAUAUCAGCAAGGACAAUCCAGGCAUAGUAACAUGCACAGAUGAGGAAAGCCAUGAGUUCAUCGAUGGAAUGUUUGUAAAUUUCUCUGAGAUUCAAGGCAUGACUGAACUCAAUAGUUACGGCCCCAUUGAGAUCAAAGUGAGAGACAAAUACUCCUUCAGUAUUUGUGACACUUCAAACUUUUCUGAGUAUGUGAAGGGUGGAGUGGCAACUGAAGUGAAACAGACUGAAAAACUCAGCUUUAAACCUCUGAAUGUGGCUCUGGAUGAAGCGAUCAGAGAUCCUGGGCUUGUGGAGAUGACAGACUAUGGCAAGACACAAAGACACCUGUCUCUGCAUCUGGCCUUCCAGGCCCUGCAUAGAUUCACUCAGAAAUACAGCCGGGCCCCCCAUCCUAGAUCCCAGGCUGAUGCUGAAGUGCUGGUUACUAUCACAAAAGAGCUUUGCACAGAUGCAAAGUUUGAUGAGCUUGAUGAAGACGCUGCAAGGCAUUUAUCUCUGGUUGCCAGCGGUGACCUGGCACCUGUCAACGCCUUCAUUGGCGGUCUGGCUGCUCAGGAGGUGGUGAAGGCAUGCAGUGGUAAAUUCACUCCUCUCAGACAGUGGCUGUACUUCGAUGCCCUGGAAUGCCUACCUCAGGAGAACGAUGGAGUCCUUUCUGAAGACGCCUGUGCUCCUAGAGAUAGCCGAUAUGACGGACAGAUUGCUGUGUUUGGAUCUGCUUUUCAAGACAAACUGAAGAAACAGAACUAUUUUCUGGUCGGAGCUGGAGCAAUUGGUUGUGAGCUGCUGAAGAACUUCGCUCUGAUUGGUCUGGGUGCGGGAGAGGGCGGGAACAUUACGGUGACUGACAUGGACUCUAUUGAGCGAUCAAAUCUAAAUCGACAGUUUCUGUUCCACUCUAAGGACAUUGGGAGACUGAAAUCUGAGGUGGCGGCAGAGUCUGUUAAAGAAAUGAACCCUUACAUGAACAUCACCGCUCACCAGAACCGUGUGUGUCCUGAGACGGAAGAGGUCUACACACAUUCAUUUUACAGCAACCUUGAUGGUGUGGCAGCCGCGCUGGAUAAUGUGGAAGCACGAGUCUAUCUCGAUCAAUGCUGUGUGCGAAACAAAAAGCCUAUGCUGGAGGGAGGAACCCUGGGUAGUAAAGGCCACACUUUGGUGGUAGUACCACAUCUGACUGAAUCAUACGGACACUCCACAUCUGGAGGACAGAGAGCCAUUCCCAUCUGCACACUCAAGAACUUCCCUCACCGUAUAGAGCACACACUACAGUGGGCCAGAGACCAGUUUGAGGGACUUUUCAAGCAAACGACAGAGAAUGUGAACAACUUUCUCAGUGACCCAACAUUUGUUGAUCGCACAGUCGCCCGUGGGGAUGUGGAGGCUGUGGAAAUACUGGAGGGUGUCUAUAGGAGUCUGGGUGAGGAAUGGCCUCAGAACUGGGCUAACUGUGUCAGCUGGGCCCGCAGACAGUGGGAAACGCUCUACAGCAAUCACAUUAGACAACUGCUACACUGCUUUCCCCCUGACCAGGUAACAAGCUCUGGACUUCCAUUCUGGAUGGGUGCAAAGAGAUGUCCACAUCCUUUGACCUUUGACACCAACAAUACCACCCAUAUGGACUUCAUUGUGGCAGCGGCCAAUUUAUACGGGAAGAUCUAUGGGAUUACAGGUUCCAGAAAUCUUGCCGAUAUUCAGAGCAUUCUGCAGGGAGUAAAAGUGCCCGAGUUCACCCCUAAAUCUAGUGUAAAGAUAGCAGUGACCGACCAGGAGCUGAAAGAGGAAAAUGAGGAGAAAAAAGAAGAAGACAAAGUCAAGCUGGAGAUGUUAAAGGAGAAGCUGUCCAAACUCCCGCCGAAGGACCAAAGCUUCCGGAUGCAUCCACAGGAGUUUGAGAAGGAUGAUGACAGUAAUUUCCACAUGGACUACAUAGUCGCAGCAUCCAACCUGAGGGCAGAGAACUACGAUAUACCAACAGCCGACCGCCACAAAAGCAAGUUAAUUGCUGGCCGCAUCAUUCCAGCAAUCGCCACAACCACAGCUGCGAUCGCCGGGCUGAUGUGUUUGGAGCUCUAUAAGCUUGUCCAGGGUCACCAGAAAAUCACAUCCUACCGCAACGCAUAUAUAAACCUGGCAACCCAAUACUUUGUGUUCUCACAGCCUUGUGUGGCCCCGACAUUCACAGUCGCGGAGCGGCGGUACUCUCUCUGGGACGACUUCCUGGUGCAGGGCCGGCGUGAGGGUCAAAAGGAAAUGACCUUGGAGGAACUGCUGAAACACAUUAAGGAAAACCAUAAGUUGAGCAUCACUGGCUUGUAUAAUGGUGCUGCUAUACUGUACAGUGAUCUCUCGGAUCAUACUGAUCGCCUGAAGCUAAGCAUAACUGAUUUGGUACGCACCGCAACCAAGUGUGAGAUUCCAUAUCACCAGCAGAUGUUGGAGAUCGUUCCCUCGUUUGCAGAGGAUGAGGACUGCCAGACCGUCCCGCCCAUCAGAUACCUGCUCAGUUGAUGCUGGACACCAGAGCCUUACGUUAACGAACGAAUUAUAACCUUAAUAAAAUGUCAACUAUUAACCAGUCUCUAUUAUCAUUGAUUCUACACUGUAAAAAAAAAAAAAGUUGAGCCAACUUAAAAUUUUAAGGCAACCAGCUUCAGCAGAUUUUUGAGUUUUAUACAACAAAAAUUUGAGAAUCUCCCACAAAAAUAAGUUGAGCAAACUCAAAAAUCUGCUGAAGCUGGUUGCCUUAAAAUUUUUUUUUUUUUUUUUUUUACAGUAUAGAUUUAUAUGCCAAACAGUCAUAAAAUCAUGUGAAUUUGUACACUGCAAAAAAGAAUAAACAUGGUAGAUUUAAUAAGUUGAUUCUUAAAACAAAUAAAAAAAAUAUUGCCUAUAAAACAAAAUAAACUUUUAUAUACAUUCUGGUUACACUUUACAAAAAGGUCUCUUUUGUUUACAUUAAUGUAUUAACUACACUGGGAAAAAAAUCUGUCAGAAAUUGCUAGUAAAUUUCACAUAUAAUUACAAAGAAACAGCAAGUAAUUGCGAAUUAAACAUUAAAAACUGAAAUUGUAUUUUCUUGUAAGCCAUGCCCCAGUAAUCUGUUUUAUUUAAAACUUUUUUAUGAAAAAAAAGGAAACUUUUACAUUUAUUAGUCUUUUUAAAUGUUAAUCAAAAUACAGCUGCAGUUCAGUUCACAAUGCAUUAAUGUUAACACAUACAACUUUUGAUUUAAAAAAAUGUAUUAGUAAAUAUUGAAAUUAAUAAAUGCUAUAGAAGUAUUGUUCAUUUUAGUUCGUUCAUGUUAACGAAGUUACGUUAACAUAUGAAACCUUAUUGUAAAGUGUUAACAAUACUGAAAAAGUCUCAAGUAAACGUAUCUGGCAAACUAGAAAACAAGACAACUACUGAUUAAGAUCAGAAUAUUUUGCAGUGUAAAACUUCAACUGGAAAGUUUUUUUUGUGUGUGAAGAAUCUCUUAUUUUACUGUCUGUAAGUGAAAUCUCUUUCUGUUAAUUCUUUUAAACAUGACGAUGUGUCCUGUAUCAAUAUGACCCCUGUGGUUUGUUAAUUCCUGCCCUCAUCCCUUUGUUAUGCAGUCAUGACCACCCACCCCUCACCUCACGAUUAGCAUGAAUGUAAACACUUCCAGAGCAGAGCCAGAGACCCAAAUGAGCUACAUCUGCUUCAGUUAAUUAAUUUAAUCACCUUUAGACACAUUUGUGUGCGUUCAGUCCUAAUCACAUUACAGCAGUGGGUCUCAUUCACAAAAGACUUGACAGCUGGGUCUUUUUCUUUCUAAUGUAUUCUGGUCACAAGCCUUCAAAUUCUAAAGUAAAAUUCUUAAUAUUGAAAAUAAAAGUACUGUCAACAUCUCA